AUGUCACUUUCCCAGCCUUCUGGAGGAAAUGAGCGUUUCAAUUCCGAGGCUGCCAACUGGGACACAAAUCCAGUUGUCCUCGAGGCAACGUACAAUGCCUUCCAAGCCCUGAAACCGAUCAUUCAAGCAAUUUCCACAUCUUCGGCAAAUGCGCCUAACGUCCUGGAAGUUGGGUGUGGGACUGGCCUACUUACAAUACAAGUGGCAGGGUUGGUGCAGACAAUUGUUGCGAUCGACCCAGCCGAAGGGAUGAUCAAAAGGCUUCAACAAAAGCUCGAGUUGAAAUCGGCGCCGAAAAACGUGCUCCCAAUCGCGCGAUUGCUUGAAGACGCGGAAGAUCCGAUGCUGCCUCCUGCUGAUCCAGCCCAGACUGCGGGCGAGCGUCGCAAGUUUGACCUGGUCAUCUCCCACCUUGUGCUUCACCAUGUCCCAGAUCUCGAGCCCUUUCUGAAGGUCCUCUUAAGGUGCCUUAAGCCCGGCGGGCGCGUGGCGCUAACAGAUUUCGAGGACUUUGGACCGCAAGCAAAAUAUUUCCACCCGCCUUCAAAAUUAGAGGGAGUCGAGCGGCAUGGAAUCAAGCGAGAUUGGAUUGCUCGUCUCAUGGAAGAGGUGGGAUUCACUGAGGUCAAUGUUUGGAUUGGGUGGACAAUGGAUGUGAGUACAGAUCAAUGGAGCGAUGCUCCUGCAACGAUGCCAUUCCCAUUCUUAGUGUGUGAGGGUACGCGACCUUGA